UAGAAGCUAGUACAUCUUCUACCUCUGCAAAGAAAUACAUGCUGAAGAAAAAUGGUACGUGAAGCUAUAAAAGUGCUGACCUGCGCCAUGCUGUUCUUUGGCGUGUGCUGUGGACAGGACCCACCUGCGUGUUCAACUUACCUCUUCUCAGAUAUUUCUUUUGAAACCCCGAUAACCCAAAAUCAUGGGGAAUGUUUCGCAGCCUGUGUACUAAAGGCUUGCUUCAUUUACGUAUACAACGGUGAUACCAAAGUUUGCAAUAUACUGUACGCCAAGAACCCAGUCUCGCCUAGCUAUGAUCAAACCUUGAGAGUGAUCUGCAAAUACGAUCAGUCACAUUGUGCCUCUUAUCCUUCGACUACCUUUUUGAAUACCACUGCAACCAAUCCAACGGAAUGUUUCCAGGACUGCGUAGAUAACCCAAUAUGUCUGACUUAUAAUAUGCCAACUGGGGGCAUCUGUGAGCUUCAAGUUGCAGACGGAGAAAAGUUUGACACGACCGAAGAGAUCACAUUUAAUCCAAAAGUGCGCUGCGCAAUGGAUCAAGCGACGACAACUGAAAGAGUCACAACAAAGAAACAUUGCAGGAGGGGCUAAGAAAGUCUAGUUUCUCAGAAAACGUCUGGUCUGGUCUUGACAUCAGAGGUUUUGCUGUUUCAGAUUUGUGACGUCCUUUACUUCAUCA